AGCUCCGCCUCUCUGCGCGGGCGUGAAAAUAUACCCAAACCAACCCCUGCUGUUGAUGUAUUAGCUUCUGUUAGCAGUGUUGUUGUUGGCUGAAAUCUGUUUUUUAACAGCAAAAAUGAGAGCGACAGUCGAUGAUUUUCCGCCUGGAGACCAAGUCUGAACGUCUGGACUCUUUAACUUGACAUUUGAGACUUUUCGAUAGUUGGAGCUACAACAAACUCCUCCGCGGUCUAAAAUGACUCUACCCCCAGAAUGGAAGGACGACGAGCGCAUGAAUUUUAUGUUCUCCGAAUUUAAGGAGAACCGAGAUGUGAACGUAACGGACUGGGACAGCAAGAUGGACUUCUGGACGUCUCUGAUCAUGAGGAGCUGCAGGCAGCGGGGGUCGGUGUGCAUCAACCUGAAGGACCUGAACGAGACCUUCAGGAGGGAAGACAGGUCCCCGCUGGGGCUGCCGACCGUCAUUCAGUCCAUGGCCAGAGGCGGUAAGAUCCAGAGGGAGUCGGAGUUCGCCGCCAGCGUGGACUGUGGCUGGGUGUCCUGGAGCGUCGGCCUCCUGCUGGUGAAGCCCCUGAAGUGGACCUUCUCCACCCUGCUGGGAGGUGGAGGGGUUCCUCUGGAGGACUCGUUUGUUGUGAUUGAAAUAGUGAAGGAGAAAGCAGCAGAACUCCUUCAGCUGUAUCGGAGCAGUGAUUUAUCCAACUGCUCCAUUGUCUCUUUUCAGGAGCUCUGUGGGCUCUCCUCUGACAUCUGUGCAGAUGAGAGCACCCUGUGCAUGGCUCUCUUACAGCUGCAGAAGGAUAAGCAAGUGAUAGUUUGUUUGCAUGAGGGAGAGAAGAUUGUGAAGUUUUGUCAGGCUGGACAGGAGCGCGUGUCUCCCCUGAAUGACGUCGACAUUGGGAUCUACCAGCUGCAGCGCAGUGAGAAGCUGCUGGGAGAGCGAGUGGAAAAGCUGGGCCAGGAAGCUGCCAGGUGCAAGGAAGAAGCAAGAAAUCUGCUUCGAGAAGGAAAAAAGUCCCAGGCUCUCAGGUGUUUGAGAAGCCGGAAAAGGGUCGAAAAGAGGGCAGACAACUUGUUUGCCAAAAUGGAGAGCAUCAGGGGAAUCCUGGACCGAAUAGCUAUGUCACAGACAGAUAAGAUGGUGAUGCAGGCCUAUCAGACGGGAGUGGCUGCCUUAAGGCUGUCUCUAAAGGAUGUUUCUGUGGAGCGUGCCGAGAGUCUGGUGGAUCAAAUCCAGGAGCUGUGUGACACACAAGAUGAAGUCAAUCGAACCAUCUCCAGUGGUGUGACUGCUGCAGAUGAAGACAUGGAUGCUUUGGAGGAAGAACUGAAGUCUUUGAUGGAUGAGGCAAAUCCAGACACCGCCCCAGUUCCAGCAGGCGGUGUUAGAGCCCCCAGCGAGCAGAUCUUCAGCUCUCUACCGGAUGUUCCUCGCGGUCCCCUGAACGUCGUCCCUGAUGUGUUGGAGGCAAAGCUGGAGCAGUUAACGCUGUCAGAUAAAGACUCUCGACAGAAGAAAUCAGCAUCAGAAGGCAAAACAUCAGAGCCAGCGCAGUGAGACUUCUGCCUGUCUUCAUCGGAUCAGAGCUCUCAUCGAAGCUGUUCAUUGUGAAAAGUUUAAAAAUGCACUUAAUCUCUUAAUAACGUCAGGGUUUGACUUAAACGCCAAAAUAAAAUCUCAAUCUUUAUUGUAAAAAAACGGAUCUAUAUAUAGUUUGAGGCCUUUAAAACGAGUGAACUCAGUUCUUCCCUGAAAAUCUAAAGGCUCUGUGGUCAUUUUUUUCUUUUGAUUUCAGCCCUUCAUUACUUAAGGUUGUUUUUAAAUUCACCAAAUAUUGCAUUGUUGGUUUGAGUGACGUGCGUGUUCUGUAAAGUGUGUUUAAGUGUCCUUCUUAACCGUAAACAUGAGUAAUCAGAAUCGGAACCAUCUCAAGUUUACUUUCAACACAGUGUGUUUGUCAAAUAAAAUUUAUUUUCAUGA